AUGGAAGAGUGCGAGUGCAAAAAGGAAGAAAAUGAGAAUCCUCAGUUCAUUGGGUUCUGCGAAAAUGAUGAAUGUGGAGAUUUCUAUUGUGAAAACUGUAAAGGUGAUCAUGCAGGCCAUCGUGAAGAUACUCUUGAAGGAUAGGAGUUGGAAGAAUUUCUUGAAUAAAUGAAUUCCCCUGAAUAUUAAAAGGAAGUAGAGCAAUAGGCAUUGGCAGAAGAAUUCUCUGAGUAUUAUGAGAGGAUUUUAAAGGAAAAUGAAGAAGAAACAAAAAUGUUUUAUCAAAUUGUAUAAUACCUCAAAGACGGCAACGCUGAUGAGUUGGUCAAACUCCUAGAUAAAAUAAAAUAAACCAAAGUAGAGUUCGAUAACAACAAGCCAAUGUAAAUAUCAAAAAAAAUGGAUGAGUACAGAAAAAGAAUAAAAGACCUUGAUGACUAGUUUCCUACUGGGAAUCUUGAAGAUAGAAAGAAAAAAAUAGAGCUUAUGAAUAAAGGAAGAUAAUUAUUUCGUUCAGGCGAAUAUUAUGAGGCACUUUAAAACUUAUAAGAAGCAAUUAAAAUAGAUAAUAAUUACGUUGAUGCAAUCCUCAUUAAAGCUCAAACAUAAAUUCAAUUGGAAAAUUAUAAUGAUGCUGUUGCUUGUUGUGAUUAUGUGAUUCAAAUAGACAGACUCAAUGGCGAAGCAUAUUAUAUUAAGAUAAUUGCCUUAAUUUUAGGUUAAAGAUAUGAUGUCCUAAAUGAAGCACUCAGACAAGCAUAUCGUAAAAUUUCAUAUAAAUUUACCUUCAAUACUCUUCAUUUAAUUAACCAAUUGGAAAGAAGUUCUCCAACUGUUAAGAAACACUUGUCAGAAUUAAACUAUGAUUUAAAGCGCAGCCUUUUUUCCCUUAUUAAUCAUGAAGAAAUCACAACUUAAAUUUGUUAAUAAUACUUUACAUAAUUAGUAGUAAUCAUCAAGCUUGCUGACCAAGAAGAGAUAAACCAUGCCCUAAUGCAAUAUAAUUUAAAUUUCGAAGUUAUUGAAGAAUACUAAAAAUAAUACGAUGUGGAUAUAAGACCAAAGUUGGAUGAAAAGGCAUGGUACUAAAUGGUAGAAUGGCUUGAAAAUUAUUAAAAAUAAAAAAUGGAGAAUUAACUAGAUCAAUAGUUUAUAUAUUAAUUAAAUAUUAGAUCUUAAGGAUAAAUAUCGACUGAUAACCCAUCCGCAUCUCAAAUAUCAAAUACUGGUACUGCAGGAAAUGAAAAUCCAGGUGAACCUCCAACAGGAAUUGUCUCCGAAAUUAGUUAGUUUUAUUAAGAUUCAUAAUUAGGAUAAACUGCUCAAUUUUAAUAACAAAAAGAUGUGAGCAAUGUUUAAGCAGAAAGCUAAAUUCCAGAAUAAAAUCCCACAUUACCUGCAGUUAAUACCCAAAACCAAUAACAAAAUUAAAAUGAAAUCUAGACUCCUGGAGGUUAAUCUUCAAGCUAAUUUUAAUCAGAAUUUAGUAAAUUUAUCGAAAAUUAACAAAUAAACUAAGCUGCUGCUAACGAACAAUAAUAACAAGAACCUGUUGUGAGGCCUUUAGACGAAUAAAUUACCUAAUAGCCUUCAAAUUAAUUUGUUAACUAAUUAAACAAUUUUUUAUAAGAUUCAGCAACGAACUAAACAAACCCAAGCCAAGAGCAACCAAAAGCUGAAGGCUAAAUUCCUGAAAACGAAAAUGUUAACUAAACUCCAAACCAAUUUAAUUCACAAUUAGAAAAUUUUUUAAAUGGUUCACAACCAAACUAAGAGACUCCGAACGAACAAUAAUAAAUACAAAACCCUGUAAAAGAGAUGGCUAAACUAAUUCCUACUCAAAAAACCGAAUAGUAAUUGGCAGAUUUCUAUAAGGAUGAACCUAAGGAUAAGAACGAUUAAUCCAAAGAAAAAGAUUAAUAAGCCGCAGGAGUAACGCCCUCAAUACAGCAAGAACUCUAAAACUUUUUGAAUGGACAAGAAUACAAAGCAACUGAAUAAUAACCAACAGAUUAAUAGCAAUAAGAUAAAGAAGAGAUUACUUUUGAUGAAACCAAACGUUUGGAGUAAGUCUUGAAAUUUUGUAAUGAAACUAUAAAGAAAGGCAAACCUGAUCACUAAAUUUAUUUUAAGAAAGCAAUGAUUUUAAAGAAACUAAAUGAUUUUGAAAAUUCCAUGGAAAAUUUGGACUACGCCAUAUAAAUGAAAGAAACUGAAGCUAAUUAUUAUUAUCAAAAAGCAUUAUUGUUGAUUAAGUUGGAUGCUUUAGACUUAGCCAUAGUUAAUUUUGAUGAAGCCAUCUCAAGAAAUCCUAAUGAACCAAAUUAUUAUUUAGAAAAAGGAAAUGAAUUAAAAAGAUAGAAUAUAUUAAACGAAGCUGAAAUUUGCUUUGAAUUAGCAAGGUAGAAGAGUGAAGCAAUAAAAUGAGAAAUUAAUUAUAAAAUAUUAAAAGAAUUUAUUCUUUUUUGA